AUGGACCAAGACGACACAAAAGCUAUCAUCAACAAAACAAUCUCGCGACUGAAGAAGCAGUUUCACGAAGACAUCUCCUCUGCCUCCAUUUUCGAAACCCAUGCUUCCAAAGGGAUACCUCUGACCACACUCUGUGGUAACUCGGUCAACCGGUUCUCAAUCUACCUGAGACUGUUGCAAAUCAUCAAGAGUUGUUUGGACAAGGACAAAAUCACCACAAAAAGAGAUAUCUACUACGACGCCGUGAAUCUGUUCAAAACCCAGGGAGUCGUGGAUAGCUGCAUUGCUAGAAUAACUAAUGAUUUUUUGCAAGUACCUCGUGACUCUCUCAAUGUGGUGGCAGCUCAAAAGGGACUCAUUUAUUCGGCAUGCGAUUCAGCGUUGACAAUUUCGUACAAGGACGACUACAGAGCUCCAGUGACAAUACCUACACAUACCACAACAUUGAUACCCUACACCACAAACAUCAGCGAUAUCCAACUGGCUCCUCAAGUAAAUUGUAUUUUGAUCGUUGAGAAAGAGGCGGUUUUCACAACCCUGUGUGCCUACAUACCCAAAGAUACCCUCUUGAUAACUGGCAAAGGAUACCCCGAUCACAUGACCCAAGACUUUGUGCGUCUUUUUGACGAGAUGCUGCCUCUAUUCAUAUGUGUCGACGCUGACCCUCAUGGAAUCCACAUUGCCGCAACUUACCGAUACCGCUCGUUUGUCAGGGCUCCUUCAUUGCAGGGGCUGGGGUCCUCGAUAUCAUAUAUUGGUGUUUCUCUUGUUGAUUUUAAGCGUGGCCACCUCCCAUUAGAAGACAAGAACCGCAAGCACGCCGGGCGGCUUCUCUCCGCUAUAACUGGUCGUCAGGCGGAAGCUCUAGAGUUGGGAGACUACAUUGAGAUGAACAAGUGGAAACUGGAGCUUCAACGGAUGCUGUUUCUUGGCAAGGUUGCUGAGAUGAACGUUGCUGGAGACGGCAGUGAAGGUAGGAAUUUGGCCCGUUAUAUUUUUGACAGGAUCCAUUAG